AUGGAGAGCAAGAGCCAUGACAACCUCCAGGAGAGACUUCUGCCCACCAGCAGUGAGAGUGCUACAGUGCAAGGUCAGUUGAUCCCAGCUAUUCGAAAAGGAGAUGUGGAGAGGGUCCAGCAAUUGCUGGAAAGAGGGGCUGAUGUCAAUUUCCAAGGGAAAGAAGGCUGGACGCCCUUGCAUAAUGCAGUACAAAUUUGUAGGGAGGACAUUGUGAAUCUUCUGCUUCGUUAUGGUGCCGACCCUUGUAUGAGGAAAAAAAAUGGGGCCACUCCCUUCAUCCUUGCUGGGAUUGUGGGAGAUGUGAGUCUGCUACGACUAUUCCUUUCUAAAGGAUCAGACGUCAAUGAGUGUGAUGUGAAUGGCUUCACAGCUUUCAUGGAAGCCGCUAUCUAUGGUAAGAUAGAAGCCUUAAGAUUCCUAUAUGAAAAAGGAGCAGAGGUGAAUUUGAGUCGAAAGGCAAAGGAGGAGCAAAAGAAGAUUGGGAAAGGAGGGGCCACAGCUCUUAUGGAUGCUGCUGAAAAUGGCCACAUAGGCAUCUUGACAGCACUCCUUGAUGAGAUGGGGGCAGAUAUCAAUGCACGUGACAAUAUGGGCAGGAACGCCUUGAUGUGUGUGCUUCUGAGCUCUCGUGAUGGGAAGGUGAAGGCCACCACUGCUCAGACCAUCACUCGCCUCCUGCUCGACCACGGGGCAGAUGUCAAAGUACGGGGAGAAGGAAGCAAAACUCCCCUGAUCCUGGCAGUGGAAAUGAAGGAGUUGGGUUUGGUGCAGAUGCUACUGGAACAAGAACGUAUAGAAAUUGAUGAGACAGACAGUGAGGGCAAGACAGCAUUGCUGAUUGCCGUCCAGCUGAGACAGGAGGAAAUAGCCCGUUUGCUGUGCAACCAUGGAGCCAGUGUGGACUGUGGGGAUCUUGUUAUGACAGCAAGGAGGAAUUACGACAUUUCCCUUGCAAACUUUCUUCUCAGUAAAGGAGCCAGAGAGGAUUUUCACCCUCCUACUGAGGACCGGGAACCUCAGAGUUCACGUUGGAGGGUGGCCUUGAAACAACUCCAUAGGAUGUACCGCCCUAUGAUCGGCAAACUUAAGAUCUUUAUUGUUGAGGAAUAUAAAAUUGCUAACACUUCUGAAGGGGGUGUCUAUCUGGGAUUCUAUGAGGGGCAAGAGGCCGCUGUGAAGCGAUUCUGUGAAGGCAGCAAACAGGCACAGAAGGAACUCUCCUGUCUGCAAGAAAGCCGAAUGAACAGUCACUUGGUGACCUUCUAUGGGAGCGAGAGUCAGAGUGGCUGUUUGUACGUGUGCCUUGCCCUCUGUGAGCGAACGCUGCAGGAGCACUUUGCCUUGCACCAAAUGGAAGAAGCUGCAGAAGACAAGGAGGCUGAGUUUGCCAGGAUUGCCCUGUUGUCUCUAUUUAAAGCUCUUCAAGAACUAUACCUGGUGGGUGGAUACACUCACCAGGAUCUGCACCCACAAAACAUCUUAAUAGAUUCUAAGAAUGCUGUUCGCCUGGCAGAUUUUGAUAAAAGCAUCAAGUGGACUGGAGAUCCACAGGAAAUUGAGAGAGAUCUACAGGCCCUUGGACGGCUGGUCCUGUACGUGGUAGAGAAGGGAAGCAUCCCUUUUGAGGAGCUGGAGACUCAAAGUAAUGAAGAGGUGGUUCAACACUCUCCAGAUGAGGAAAGCAGGGAUCUCAUUUGCCACUUGUUUGGCCCUGGGGAAAACUUGCUGAACCGAUUGAGUAAUCUGCUGGGUCACCCCUUCUUUUGGAGUUGGGAGAGUCGUUAUAGGACCCUUCGGGACGUGGGAAAUGAAUCUGACAUCAAAACGCGAAAAAUUGAAAGCAACAUUCUCCAAAUACUAGAACCGAGUACAUCUGAACAUUCCAUGAGUUUUUCUGAAUGGACUUCUAAGAUUGAUGCAAAGGUUAUGAAAAGAAUGAAUUCAUACUAUAAAAAAACAGGCAAUUUUUACCAGGACACUGUGGGAGAUCUGCUAAAGUUCAUCCGGAAUCUAGGAGAACAUAUUGAUGAAGACAAGAAUAAAAGUAUAAAGUUGAAAAUUGGAGAUCCCUCCUGGUAUUUUCAGAAGACAUUUCCAGAUCUGGUGGUCUAUGUCUAUACAAAAUUACAGGACACAAAAUACGAAAAGUAUUUUCCCAAAACCCGGGAUCCUCACAAACUUCAUUGUGAUGGAGGUGGUGAUGGCGAGCAGGCUAGAGGCCCUGAGUGCUGA